CACGAAUCGUUCAGAAUGCCUUGGUCAUUGAAGAAGUCUUUAAAUCUGAUUGGUCGUGGGCAGGAACCACUAUCCUUUGCCCUGGCCGCUAGCCCUGUUCUUUGCAGAAGCACCUCCUAUGUUUCCGACCUCAACAUCUGCAAAUUCGCCUCCAUACCAUAUCGCACCGAAGAUGACGCUCGAUGGGCUCGAACCGAUGAGGAUGAUCGCGAUCCCGAAGAUGUUUUGAGAGAGCAGACUGAGUUGUGUCUUCCAUGUUGUCACCAUACCCCAGACAACCACCCAGGAAUGGAUGACGCCCCGUUGGAUGAAAAAGCCCGGUAUGCUCUGGAAGCAUAUUCAAACUCUUUUGACGAAUAUCGGGUCCUGAAGCGGCGAUUAUCUACGUUGACGCAUUCUCCGAAGCGGUUUGAACAUCGCUUCAUGGAAUAA